CUCAGAUGAAGUUUGCGUUAUUUUUAGCCAGAUUAGAGGAACAUAAAUUGUAAACAGUGCGGAUGGAUAUUUAACAACGUGUUUUGCUGUUCCGGUCGGCUGCUCUGGUUGACAUUAGAUCGGUGUAUCGCUCCUACAAACACAGUGUCUGUUCACUUUACAUCGAUGAUACACUAAACAGCUAAAUAUGCUAUCUCUGUUGUAUUGAUCUUCACACGGAAACAGUCCUGUUUAUUUUUUUCAUCUGUGCCAUGUAGUAGUUGGACUUUUACGCAGUCAACUAAAUUUCUUGCGACAAUGCACACGUGGGUGCUUUCCCUCAUCCUAACCCUCUACGGUGGACUAAUCCCGGGGGCUAGGGGACAGAUUUCUCACCGUCACGCGCGAUGUGAGAGAAUUACUAUACCAAUGUGUAUGGAUAUGAAAUACAACCUUACAAGAAUGCCAAAUUUAAUUGGACAUACAAACCAGAAAGAUGCUGCCAUACAGGUACAUGAGUUUACACCUUUAGUGCAAUUUGGAUGUUCAAGAUUAUUACGAUUUUUUCUGUGUUCUCAAUUCGCGCCAAUGUGUACUGAAAUGGGAGAUGAGACCCUUAUUAUACCAGUGUGUCGUUCAAUGUGUUUGGAAGUCAAAAGUAAGUGUGCACCGAUAUUAACCAAAUUCAGUUUUCAGUGGCCACCAAUGCUGGAUUGUUCAAAGCUUCCUCAACACGAUGACCCUAAACCGAAUAAUUUAUGCAUGGAAGCGCCAAACAUGACAGAUGAUCCAAAAAUAUCGGACGGCACAGGAAUAUUUGACAAAGAAAAAGACCCGUCUGAUUGGUUAGACAUUAUUACAAAACUUAAGAUGUCAAAUUCACCCAUAGGAUCAAAAGUGAAAAACCUUGGAUCCCCGGGGUCGAAAGGGCACAGGUUUCCAGACGUUCCCCCGGAGAUAUCGUGUCCGGACAGAUUUGUCCGGGUAGACACGGGGACGGACAACUCCACGUGUGCCGCUAGAUGUAACGUGGAUGUCAUGUUUCGUCAGGCGGAUAAAAAAUUCGCAGAGUACUGGACGGUUGCUUGGGCCUCUCUCUGCUGCCUGUCUACUGUGAUUACAUUUCUUACAUUUGUCAUCGACACCAGUCGCUUCAAAUACCCAGAGCGACCGAUCAUUUUCCUUUCCAUGUGCUAUGCCAUUUACUCAUUUGCCUUUUUUAUCAGGGCCAUAACGGGCCCCAAUGCUAUUUCAUGUGACAAAACCAUAGAUGGUACGGAAUUUAUAAUUCAGGAAGGAUUAGACAGUACCUGGUGUAUAAUUGUCUUCCUUAUUUUGUAUUUCUUUGGAAUGGCUAGUCAACUCUGGUGGGUUAUUCUCACUCUAACAUGGUUCCUGGCUGCUGGACGAAAAUGGGGCCAGGAGGCAAUAGAGACCCUGAGCAGUUAUUUUCACAUGGCGGCGUGGGGCAUCCCGUCCAUAAUGACCAUCGUGAUUCUAACCAUGAGGAAAGUAGAUGGUGAUGAAUUAACAGGAUUGUGUUAUGUAGGAAACCAAGAUAUUAAAGCAUUAACUGGAUUUGUGUUAGCACCUUUAAUAGUGUAUCUUCUUUUAGGAACUUUCUUUAUUCUCUCUGGCUUUGUGUCAUUAUUCCGCAUUAGAAAUAAUUUAAAACAGGACGGAACCAAUAUUCGAAAACUGGAAAAACUAAUGGCCAAAAUUGGCAUUUUUUCGGUGUUAUAUACUGUGCCAGCUACUUGUGUGAUUGGAUGUUACUUUUAUGAGAGGGUGAACUACGACGUUUGGUUGGCAGCUUCUAAACUUUUAAGUUGUGAAAAGACAGAAGACGGGGGAAAGGACUGUAGCCUACCCCAGUCUAUCCCGCAAGUUGAAGUCUACAUGUUAAAGAUAUUCAUGUCACUUGUAGUGGGUAUAACAAGUGGAAUGUGGGUAUGGAGCUCUAAAACUCUUAACUCUUGGAAAACUUUCUUCUCGAAUCGAUUCACCCGCCGGAAAUCUAACGUGGGGGGUAGCGGGAACAUUGGGUACCACCCGGCCCCCGUGAUCGUCAUGAAGCCCCACCACGGGCCAAAGGUCUCCUCAAAAUCGUCCGGUUCCAGGGUCUAGCAAUGUAUCUGUCGAUUUGAAUCGUGUACAAAAAUAUGUUUUGUCUUUCAGAAACUCCUUUGUUUAUUUUGUAGAGCAAGUGUUCAUAACAUUAUUUUUGUAGACAAGGUUGUCAAGCUACAAUUUUGUUUCUUGUACUUAAGGGAAAAAAACUCUUUAAAGUUGGGUUACAUUUAAAAAUACAUUGUUUGGGACAAUCCACAAAAGCUCUCGUAAAGUAGUGUCUUCAUCAUUAUUAAAAAAACUCGUUAACAUUUUUUGCACUUUGUUGUUCGAACUUAAUAGCAAGGUUUGUGUCAAAGAUCCAUUUCAAAGAGAGAACAUUGAAUAGAUAGUUUACAGGCACCUUUAAGCAACGUCUCCGAUUACAUCAGAAAAUUACAGCUUGGAGUUGACACAAUAGAAAGGUCGGGAAGGGUCUCCAGAUUUUGGGGUACGUUCAGAAAUAUCAUAUGUACUCGCGCCGGAUCGAAUUGGAAACUCGAGACGAGUUUGCUUUAACAAUAACAAUGGAAAGAUACUUAGACGACUAGCCUAUAACAAGACUCCUCUGGUUAAUUGACCACUUGACGGUAUCGUUUUAAAAUUGUCGAUUGCUGAUCAAAAACUAAUUUUCUGAUUGGAUUUUAUUUUAUGUAAUUUCGAAUACCUUGUCAUUUGAAAUAAGAUCGAACCGGGUUUAAGAUUUCAAGUAGGUAUUUUUAAUUUUUGUAUAGGGGAAAUACUUCUACCGAUUCUGAGAAUUUUUAAAUUUUUAUGUUCCAAUGUUAUUGUUCUGGCAGUUAUGUGAAUGCAGUGACGUGGUUUGAAUUUAUUAAAGUAGUAAAAAAGGGUUAUUGAACAUGUAUGAAUAUCAUUUAUGCCACAAUCAUUUCAGAAAGAAAUGUGUGAAAUAUAAUUAUAUAUAUAUACCUUGUCAUCUUGGGGAGAUAAUUAUAAUUUUUUUUAGAGCUUUGUUUUAUUCAAAUUCACAUUAGGCGUCAAUGGAAUGUCCCAAACUUUUGUUUUUAUUUGGUGAAAAUUAACAGUCAAAAACAAAAGAGAUCAAGUUCUUUCUAUAUAACAAUUUUUAGUUUCCCCAUUACUGCAGCUUUUUAUUGUUUUUUCUCCAAUUUUCUAUUGCUGCUACAAUAGAAUUUCAAUUUUUAUUUUUUGUUAUAAAAAUGUUAUUUAGUCAUUGUUGAUAUUGUAAGAAAACAAUAUUGUUACAAUAAAAGCGAGAAAAAUUUUAAA